CUCCGACUUCACUUCAUUCUUUACAACCCCCCCCUCGACAUUCAUCAUCGACUUCAUCAACAGAGGAGGCGACACAUUCUAAUCGCCAGGUCGUCUUGAACGACCACCCUCCGAGGGACUCGAGAAUCAUGGUCUCGUCUACGAGUAAAUUCCACCAGUCAAUGCACGCGACCAUGACCACCUUGUCCAGCGCAUCCGCCGAAGUCACCAAGGCCGCCAUGAACCUUCCAUCAACAUACCACAACUACGUCGCUCAUAAUGCCGCUGCAGUAUCGAAUAUCGAAAGUUCCCUUCGCUCCCUAACGUACCUCCUCCCCGGCGCACGCUUCCACGACUCCGAACUCGCCUCCGAAUCCGUCCACACCUUUGUCCAACUUCUAUCGAUUUACCAUGACCAUCUUCUCAAGAAGCGCGCCGCGGUGCUCGCCAUCUCCCCCACAAUUCUCAAGGCUCGAAAUGCCGCCGCCGCUCAGAAGCCGAAACCGUCCUUGCACGCGCGCUACACCACAUUCUGGACCACCACCUCUACUCUCUACACCAAGAUCGCGACGCUGUUGAAGAUGGCGCAAUACACCGAGUUGCUGUGGGAGAUGCUGGCGCGGAGAAGGGGAGGCGAGAAGACGCGGUGGCGCGUGGUCGUGCUGCUCGAGUCGUUCAAGGCCGUUUGUCGACUCUUGCUGAUGCGCUUGACCAACUCGCGGCCCCUGGUCAGCCCGCCCUUGCCGUUGCGCGAGGACUUUGCCCGCAUCGAACCGGGCGAGGACGAUGACGAACUCGUGGUGGAAGAGGAACUGAUGCGUGGAGAGGGCAAUACCGCGUUCGACGUCAAGACCGCGCUGGGCGAGGCGGGUGUGCCGACACCGCCGUUGUCGGAUUCCGGGUCGAACGGCAAACCGACGUCGAGUCUGUCGAUUUCGGAACCGUACAACAUGCCGCGCACUGGUUUCACGUUGCCCACGCUGCCCACGCCCGACAGUGUGUCGGCGUACUUGCUCAACCACGUUCUCACGGCGGACGACGUCAAGCCCGCGAAGCAAUUGUUGCACCGUUUGACGACGUUGCGUGGCCAGGGCGCCGAGGUUCUGUACAUCUUGCGCCCCGUCGUCUACGCACUCAUGAUGCAGCGCGUCGUGGCCAUGUACGGGUACGAAGGGACCAAGUGGAAGAAACACUGGACUCCUUGGCUCGUGGGGUUCGCGAUGGAGUAUGUUGCACGGCAGCUGGCCAAGAAGGAUCUGACUUCUCGUGUGCCUGGAGGCGCGAAGAGUGGGUUGUCGGCGCUGGAGAGAGAGGAACUCAAGAAGCGAGGUUGGAGUCUCGCGUGGUGGGGGAUGAGGGGGGCAUUCUAUGAGAACGUCACGAAGAGAUGGAUCCAUGGUGCCGCACAGGGUUUGAAGGGGAAACCGAUCCUGGAUCUUGUCGGUGGUGUGGUGGAAGACUAUGAGUGGCUUUGGAGUGGUUACUAUUUCUCAACUGCGACCAUGUGAUUGGGAAUGAAUUUCUGACCGAUCAUGGCCAAAUCAAUAUUGCCAGAGGGAUCCUGUCGAUGUAGGACGUACUACGGGUAUGGAAUCUCGAGGAGAAGAAAGCGUCGAGGAAGCACAUUAUCACGACAUGUACGACAUGGGAAAAGGAUGGUUGUAUCUUUGGGAUUGAAUUGGGUUGGGCAGUCGAGAAUCUACCUCUAUGUUCUUUGGUAGGUUACCAACAUGACGAGUACUCUCGAGCGGCGUUUGAGGAGUUUUACCGGUGGCCCAAGUCGUUCCCAUGGCCGGGAGGAGUAUUCCUCGUUCCUCUAUUGUUCUUCUCUCCAACUUUCGCCACCAGUGGAACAGGGACUGUGGAAAGAAAAGAUAUUUGAUGAUGAACCAAUGUGUGUUUUUGUUGUUGUUUCAUUUGUACACGGAGUGUGCAGUGUUUGCAGUUUCGUACCCUUGAUCGGGAACGGAGUGUCUCGUCCGUUGACAGGCCAGACUUUCUAUGACGAGGACGAGGUUGAGAUUUAUUCUACCAUAGUUUCAAAGAUCUACAAGAACAAAAAAACAAGACAGAUUUUACCUUG